AUGACACAUGCCUGUGUAAUCCAACCCCAUUUCCCGUUCCGCAACCCGAACCUGAACCCGAACCCGAACCCGAUUACAUGGAUGAAACCACUACCAGUCCCGGAUGACGGAAAUACGAACAACAAUAACUUUAAUUUUUAUAACAAUGGAUACUUCAACGGAGGAAAUGAUGAUGAUGACGACGAUGAUGACGAUGAUGAAAUAAUUGAUAACUCCAACGAUGACAAUAAUGAUGACGAGGAGGCCAACAACGAUGAUGAUGAGGAUGAUGAAGAAAUUAACGGAAAUAAUGAAAAUAACAAUAACAAUUCCCAAAAAAAAAGAAAAAGAAACAAUUUGUAG